GACCCCGCGCUCGCCGCGCUGGGUGGGGUGGCGGCGCUCGGCGUCGCCGUCGCGGCCGCGGCCGCGUGCUUUUGCAGGCAGCUGCGCGUGGCGCGAGCGCAGGUGCGGGAGCUGCGGGAGGAGCUGCGGGAGGGGCGGCAGGCGGCGCAGGAGGCGCGGGAGCGAGCGGCGGCGGAGCUCAAGCGACUGCAG